AUGCCCGUCGAACUUGUACUCUCACCUCUUAUGAGGCCCGUGGUGAGGGCAAAAGCUGUUCUAUUCAGUCCACAUCGAAAUUCUUCACACUAUAUUCCUCAAAUUCGAGAACUCCCCGAAGACGUCUCACAAUACGCAGUUAUCAGAAGAUUCGGUUCUGGAAGUAAAAUAUUUGACGUCUUUGAUACCAACAAAGGUCAGAUGCCUGUUGGAGGCAAGAAUCCAGCAGACAAGAUAUUUUGGUUCCAUCGUUCGCGAGCUGUUAAAGGGGCAUACAAGAUGUUUUCAUCCAAGAUAUUGGCAACAGGUCCCGACGGGGAAGACGAGCCUAUUGCCGAUGUUAGAGCAGGGUUGAGAGGCAAUGUGUUAUUGAUUAGAGCACCCGAUGCUCCUGCGGCCGAGCUAGGUUGGCAUAUUCUAAAUCAUCGUGUUGAUGCAAUUGACAGCUACCGAAUGUUUACAAUGAGCAAUGGAUUAACCUAUCAAUGGACCUACAGAGGAAAAUGGUUGGAGUUGGUUCAUAAUUUAGGGGAAAAAGAGUCCGAAAUAAGAGAGAGAAUAGGUAGGGUGGUUGAGCAUGGUCCACAUGGAUUCACACUAUACAUCGAUGAAACCAAAAUGUUGAGAGAAAUUGCUCUUAGUACAGCCUUGUGCUCCUAUAUUGACCAAUGGAAUACAACUCUUGAAGUCGGAGGAAUAUACUAUGCAAAACAACCAGGCCAAGUACGCUGGAAGAGAGACUGA